GCGCCGGGUACCGUGUCCCAGCUGUGGGCAUCAAAACUUCAGCGCUAGGACCUCAGGCUUCCGAGCUGCUACCAACCCUGGACAUCGAGGCCUCCGGGCCUAAGAACGGAGCCCUGGGGUCGUCCGAAGAGCGGGGCCCAGAGCCCCCGGAGUCAGACAGCGAAGUCCCCGGGCCUGUCGCAGAGCAGGACACUGAAGUUCCCAGGCCAGGAGGCGACGUCCCCGUGUCCUCUGCAGAGCAGGGCGCGAAGACUCCCGAUCAAGAGAGCGAAGUCCUCGGGCCAUCAACGGGACAAGACGAAGGGCGCCCCGGGCCGUGCACACCUGGGAGCUUUGAGAGUGCGGGGCCAGGCUGCGACGACUCCGAGCCAUCCGAAGCGCAAAGCGCUGGGGUUCUAGGGCAGUGUCCCCCUCAGGGUUCCGAGACCUCCUCCUCCGGGUCAGACUCGGAAGCCCCCCAGCAGCGUUUUCCACUGCGCCCCGAGACCCCCCAACAGCCCCUGGAGGAGCCGCUCAUGGAGACGCCCAUCGAGCGCGAAAUCCGCCGCAGCUGCGAACGCGAGGAAAGCCUGCGUCGGAGCCGGGGCCUGAGCCCAGGCCGCGCGGGCCGCGAACUAGUCGAGCUACGCAUGCGGCCGGUGCUCGGCCUGCCCGGCCCCGGCCCCGCGCUCCCGCGCGCCUUGGAGCGCGCGCGGGCGGGCGCACAGAUGCAGCGAGACAUCGAGCGGGAGGCCCACCGGCAGGCGGCGCUGGCGCGCCCCGCGACCCCGGAGCCGCACAUUCGGCCGCCGCCGCAGCCGCUGGGCGAGCUCAAGCGCUUCUUCGAGGCCGCGGGCGGGUGCGGCUCCUCGGCGGUGGCGAAGGGUGGCACGGGGCCUCAGCGACUGCCCGAGCCCGGAAGCCGGCCGCGCUCUGCCGUGCAG